CUUUUCGUUUCGACUUGGUGCAUCCCACGAUUUCAAGAGAAUGCAUCAUGUGAGGACGGAUAGGUGUGUGCUCUUAAUUACACCCUGGGUACUUUACGCAAAGAAAACAAAACGGGUUGUCCACUAUUGACAAACUAACAUUUCGAAAGUAGAUUUUCCACAUACAGAUCAUAGGAAGUAGUGUACCUGCCCCACCCUACUCCAUACUUUCUACUACAGAGAACCUCGACCGCCGAGCUGCACUGUCUUUAUAUGCUCUCUGUAUGGAUACCCCGUUGAUGGAUACCUUUGAUAACGAAAAUUUAAGGUUCUUCAUUUUUACAUAUUGGAUGGCCUGCUAGGUAAAUGGAGACAGCAACUUCAGAAGCUUCUGGGAAAUCAGAAGGAAAACCAUGGACCAAUAUCUUAGUGGAAUCUUCUGCUUUGGAUCAGCUGAAGGUGCCACUUCAGGGAUCUUCUCGCCUAAAGUAUACCUGUAUCUCAGUAUCUCGAAGAUAUGUUGCUCUUGGCAGCAACACAGGUGGUGUCUAUGUAUUCGGCAGGCAGAAUUUCAACAACUUACGUGUAGUAUUUGCAGAUAUGAAAGCUGAUACCAUAAACCUGGUUUCUCUCAGUCCAUUCGAUAACAAUGUGGGUUUUGCCAACAGCAUGGGUCAAGUUUUUGUGAUGGAGACAAACAUUGAGAAACGAACAAAGCCUGAGAAACUUCGUAUGUCCAACAUCCAUGUAGGACGCAUAGUGACAGCAGUGGCAUGGAACACAACAGGAUCUCAGUUCUUCAUCGGUGACAACAUGGGCACAGUUUCUAUCAUAUAUGUUUCAAACUCUAAGGCUAAAGAUUUGUUUGGCCAACCCCUUGACGUGAUACUCAACUUAGACUCAGCCAUUGUUCAGAUGGAUUGGGCCCGUGAGAAGUUAUUAGUUUCUACUCUAACAAGAUGCUACUUAUGUCUAACAGACAAAGCCAAGUAUUUCCAGAUUGGGAAAAAGCUCAGAGAUGGAAAGUUUGGAACUUGUUUCUACCACAACACCAGUCUUUCAACGCCUUUAAUCUACUCUGCCCGACCAGGCUCUCGUAUGUGGGAGGUCGACUUCGAAGGACAGGUACUCAACACUCAUCAGUUUAAACAACUGUUGGCAAUCCCUCCAUUACCUAUAUUAGAUCUCAGGUGCAAAGAAUAUAAUCUACCAAAAGACGAGAAAUGGAAUGUUUUGUCUGUAAAUUUUGUUCAGAUAAAGCAAGUAAAGAAUAUGCUGUUAGCUUGGACCGACAGUGCUAUAUUUAUCUUCGAUCCUGUUAAUGUGCGGACAGUUCUUUGGUGUGCAGAUCUAAAAGAAAUUAAUGACAUUGCUGUGAUAGAAAAUGAAAUGUACAUUUUCUACCGGGGUUCAGAAAUCAAGAAAUUGUCGCUAAUGACAGUCACUAACUGUAUUUCAUGGUUACAAGGCAAGCAGCGGCACAAACUUUCUGAAGACCUAAGACUAGAAUUCAUGAUCUCAUUAUCCUCUUCCCCACAGUCUUUGAAUGAAACAGGUGUGUCAAAUUACCAGGAACUUGGUAAAAGCGUGGCAGGUUCAUUCUUGCAGAAUAAAAUCAUACCAAAAGACAUGGCUGUGACUACAAGAUUAUCUGCAUUGCCAUCAUACUUAAAUAGACCCAAAGAAAAGGUGGAUGAAAACAGUGAAUUUCCAAAAGAAAAGUCUGAGGCUAAGACCAACCUUGAUUCUUGUAUUUCCACUUCAGCACCAUUCCAAAAGGACUCUAACUGUUUGCAGUCUGACCGUCUUUCCUUAUUCUUAAAUCAAAAUGGUGUUCAGCCUUAUAUUGAGAAUCAUAAAUCACCAUCAGAAUUCUUUGAGAAUUCAAUGCAACAGAUCUUAAUUGAGAAUGAGGAAUGUGACAAAAACUCCAUCCUAACUUCUCCAGAAAACUGUGAAGAACCUUUGGAGAAUUUGUAUGACCAGGAGAUAUUACACACGCAUGAUUCUGGGUCUCUGUAUCGGAACUUGUUAUCAGAGGUAACCUCUUCCAGUGGCAGGUCCACUCCCAGGCCAGUUGCCAUUCCACGGCCACGCCCCCUCAAUCCAUCGUCCAUUAACAAUGUAUUGCUGUCCCCUUCAGUCUACGCAAUGCUUAAUUAUACAAACAUUACCAAGUAUGAAUCUCUAGAUCAGGUUGGCGAAACAGAAGAAGGAUCUCCUACUGUUGAUGCUAUUUUACCCAAAGGAGAUGAAAAUAAGAGUGUACGGAAGGUAUUCAAGAAAAAGAAACCUACCAUUGUACAGCUUGAUGCACCCAGCUCUAAAUCAAAAGCUGAUCGUUCAAAGAAAUGGAAAGUGUCCAAAUUGUUAAGUUCUGGUUCCACAGCUGAGGACAAAGCUGACAAAGGGGAAAAGUUGGAACGUCCAGUCAUAGUGGAGAGUUCCUCAAGAGAUUGUCUUUCUGAUUCCUCAGAAAUGACACAAUCAGCAGACAAUUCUGCAAUGGAGAGUUCAGUUGUUUCAAGUGACUCAAAAGUUUCUGGAAGCUCUUCCAAAGAAGAAACACCUCACUCAACCGUUCUUAGUCAGAUUAGCAAUCGGUCUGAAAGGCUGAAUUCCAAAGCAAAUACUGUUGCCUAUAAUGCAGUGCCAGACAGUUUGAGUACAGCAAAGACAUCUUCAGAUGAAGGAACGCCAUUGAAAUCGGUCUCCGACAGCAACAGCAACAGCAGUAGCAGUGGUGUCUUAAUGACCAACAGGCUCGAAAGAAUCGCUGCUACUGUCGGGGAAGUCAAGCAUGAAAUGAAGCAGUAUAAUAACAACUCUAUGUCGGAGCCUGGCAUUGCACCUUUAGAAAGUUCAACUGGAAUGUUUGAUGACACUGAACUUUCUUUGACCUCGGCCAAAAUGAAUUUAAUGUCCAUUAAAGAUAGUUUAUCAAGUAGAACAAAGUCUUUCAUCAAAAGUAUCUCCAGAUCUAGCAUCCUGUCCCGAGGAGACCAAUUAGUGAAUGUCCUAAAGAAAAAGUUACCUGAGAUUGGUGAUGGAAAGGAAAUUAUUGAUUUCCAAAUUGCUGAAGAAAUGAUUAACCCUGAAACUAAUGUCGACACUGGUGAAGAGGUGGCAUGGCAUAUGCCUGUCAUUGAGAGCAAAAGUUAUGCUGACACAACAAGUUUAGUUGCAGCCACAGAUGAGGCUCACGAAGAACUGGACUGUGUCGAGGUUUUAUUGCAUCCCGAUCAUGUUGAAGAUGUCAUUAAAAAAUGGGUCGAAUACUUACAUCUCACCCAGAAUGCUGUAUUGCACAAGUUGAUAGACUUAGAGAAGCAUUCUGAAAAAGACACUGUUUCUACUUCAUCCAGUGACAAUUUGUUGAAUGAAACUUCUUUGCAACAUAUGCCAGACCCUCAAAAACAUCCAACAGAUAAUGGUACCUGCAAGGCAAAGGUUUCUGCGAAAACCGACGAUAAGAAUUGUGAGGUGUGUUCAACUAAAAAUCAUAUCAAUGAAGCACAACAGCCUGUGGAGAAAAUGACGUCAUCUUCUCAGAAGGUUGUAUCAGAAAAUGAAGCUCAUAACGUGAUUGUUGAUAGUGGUGUAGAACUGUUUAACCCUGAGGCACAGGUGCACUCUUCUUUGGAACAAGAAAGUAUUGAAGACAAAACUGAAGGUCAGACGUUAGAUAUGGACCGGUCAAUCUACACGAGAGGGGUUACUUCUUCCUUCAUUUCCACUAGUGAUUCUAGUUUUGUUGACCCUGAAGAAACUGCAGGAACUGUAGGUGUAGGUUUCAGUCAAAAAAAUUCUCGUCACGAGCAUGGCUUUGUGGGAGAGUCUAUCAACAGCACAGGGGAGCCUGUUGAAAGUAGUAACUCCUGUGUCAAUGAAGAUCAUGAUGAUGAUUAUCAGGAGAAGGAGAAAAUAGAGGAAGAAGAGGAGGAAAAAAAAGAUAGUGAUAAAACAAGUACUUCUCUAAUAGCGGAUUCUGAUAGGAGUAGUAAUGAUAAACUGAACAAUAUUGUAAAGGAAGUGACAAAGAAAGAUGAUGAUGAAAAACUGAAUGAUUCUAAAGAAAUUGAGAGUUUAUCUUCAAAAAAUAUGGGAAAGGAACACAUUUCCCCUGUAAAAACAUUAAAUGAAAACUGUAAGAAUUUCCACAUUAAUGAAGGGUUUGAAAUGUCUGGGAGUCCAAAUUUCUUCUCUCCUGGUUCUGUUAAAAAGUCUGAUUUUGGUGAGCCAGAUUUUGUUGAGAAGGUUUCUAAUCCCACAUUAUCUGAAUUCUCAACGUUGAAAGAUGCUUUCGGUUCUGAUCAUAACAUCAUCAGCAGUGAGUCUGUCUUGGAUCAGACCGAUUCCAAUAUAUGUGAGACAGACAGGAGCCAAGAUACUGCAGAAAUAGGAUAUAAUUCUCUCUUUUCCAGUGGAGAAUCAAAGGAAGAUGAUAGAAUACAGUUUGCUGAAGAUCAAGGAAGUGAAACAGGAAGCAAAUCAGCAAUGGAUUCUUCCCACACGGGAUCUGACAAUGGCAGUCAUGAUAAGAAAGAGGAAUGUCUGUUUGAACCCAACACACAUGCUUCAGUUUUUGAAACGGUUAAUAAUGUUGAAGACAACCAUAGUGAUAUCAUGAAUAAAAACAAUAAUGUACUUGGAAAAAUGGAUGGAGAAUCCAAGGACAACCAAAAUGAAUUUGACAAAAAUUCUUGUGAAAGCAAAGAAAAUGAUCCUCACCAGAAAUGUAGUUGUAGUCCAAAAGAACAAGAUGAUGAUGAAGAAGAACAACAACAUGAUGAACUCUGUGAUCCCAAACUAUUUAUGAAAUGUUUUGUUUCUGACCCAUUCGGUCUUUCUUUAGAACAACACAAACUUGCUUCCAUGUUAGCUGUUGCAUGUUUCCAGACUAAAUGCACUGGAGAUAUCUGUUCCAAAGUCUUUCAAAGUUCUUGCUUUUUCCGGUGUGUUAACACCGCCACAAGUCCUUGUGCUUCUCAAAAGUUAGAGCUAUCCGAUGCCAAUUCCUCCUCAAAAUCUAUUGAUACUUCUUUGCUCAGUGAAAGCGAAACUCAGUCAUUCAGUUCAUCAUCCAGUUAUGUUAAUAGCUACAGUAAACCAAAACAUAUCUUGUUCACAUAUCAAACAUCACAGUUUGCUUCCGGAAGUUGCUCACCAAAAGACUGCCAUGGCAGAUUCUGUCAUCUUUUCAGCAGAUUUGUAGAGACACAGCUUCUGGAAGGUACCAGAAGCAAAUUAUCACCUCACCCCCCAGACCAUGUGCUUUCAGUGGAAGAACAUUAUGACUGGCAAAUGUCAUUAUUUAUUCGGUGCUAUUUUCAUUUACUGUCUCUAGAUGUUGUCCGACGCCAUGUUUACAGUUACCAUGGUUACUGCUUCAGGAGUUGGUUAGCUCUUGUUCAUUGUCUUCAAGAGAUUGGUAAAGAUGAUAUAAUUGGAAAGUGUCUACAAAAGAAAAAAUUGCAACAAGCUGUAGACUUGUUACAUUCAGAAGAUAUACAUUUUUCAGCAAUGGUAUGCAUUGUUGGACAUCUUUCAAGGUUGUUUAGUUUCCGUCCAGCAGAAAUCGUAGAGUUUUCCGUACAGAAUUCAGAGCAUGUACAACCACUUGAUGUUCUCUACCUCAGUUACUUACAUAACUUUCCCCUCCAUCAUUUCCAUUCCUACAUGAUGGCAAGAAUCAACGUAAGCUUCGAUAAGAAACUGAUGUUGGCCAAACUCAGUGAAAAUAAUGAAACAAAGUUCACUUGGCUCGAAUAUUUGUUAUCCAAAGUAGAUGACAAACUAUUCACUAAAGCUAUCCCUUUACUUCCAAGUGCUGGAAUGCAUCUGUUGAAAUGGAAGUACAGAGAUAUCAUUGUUUUUUUGUGCAAUAACUGCCGUGACGAAUCCGUGGCGGACGAACAUUGGAAGAAAGUGCUGCAUCUAUGUUUAAUAAACAAGUUCUGGUUGGGCUGCCUAAUGUGUCUGAAGAAGUUAAAACUCUGGCAUAGUCUGAUCACAAUUAUGGUAGCUCUUGGUGAUCUCUCUCUCUUUGAUGCUGAUAAUACAUAUGGUUAUGUUCCUGAGAGUGAAGAGGAAUGGCUCUAUCUGCUUGAUCAAAAAAAAAUGCAGUCAGCAGAGGAUGAUACAAAUGCCUUCCAAUCUUCUCUAAUUGGUGCAGUAAUGAAAUGUUACAAAGACUGUGGUGUUUUUUCAUUAGAAGAGUACAAGUCUCUUGAAGAAAGCCUUCAUAGUACUGAACAAGACUCUGAGAACUUGAGUGAAACACACAAAGAACUAACAUCACAGAUAUUUGUUCCUUCUCCUUUGACUUUGGAUUCUGUGUAUCGGUUAUUUAUCCAACGUAUGGGACCACAAAGAGGGAUACAUCUCCUGUUGGAGCACAAUUGUCUUAAGCCAAGUGAUUAUCCAUUGUCCUUUUACCAAAGCUGUCUCUUUGGCUCAUUGAUACAGCGACAACAGAGAUUUAUAAUUCACAACAUGUUGGAGAAAAUUGAUGAAUAUUUUUGGUCAAAGAAACCAGCUUCUAUGGCUCCAGCAAUUUAUUUUGCUGUAGAAGAAGAGAAGAACACAAACUACUUGGAACCAUCUGUCUCUACGCAAGAACUGCUAAAACAGUUGCAGCCAUUGAAUGGGCAAAGAUUUGCUGAAGAAAAGGAGUACCACUGGGGUAGUUCUAUAGAUAUCUUUACUGCUUGUCCCUGCUGUCAUGUCACCCUCUCAGCUGUUAUUUCACACAUGGAAUCUGGCAUUGUGAUAUUUGAAUGUGGUCAUGCCUACCACCGUUUCUGUGUAGGACCAAAGAAGAUGUGUGUACUUUGUCCAUCUAUCAUGUGAAUACCAAUGAAUACAGUUCAAAGAAGUAGAGAUGAAAGCGACACUUGCAAAGAACAAAAAAAAAGCACCAAAAAAAACCCUCCUUCCAAAUGGAAUUGUUUAAGCAUGACUAAUUUGGAGGAAAUAUGAAGGGUGAUAACUAAGG